CAUUACAUCCUCAUACCGAAAAACAUCUGCAUUGUUUAAAGGAUUGCGAUUCUAUCACCGUUGAUCCACAUAAAAGCGGUUAUGUCCCAUAUCCAGCUGGUAGUCUAUGUUAUCGUGAUCAACGCAUGAGAUAUUUGAUUACAUGGACAAGUCCAGUUAUCAAUCGAACUAAAGAAGAAAGCAUCGGCAUUUAUGGUGUAGAGGGAAGCAAACCAGGUGCAGCUGCAGUAGCUACUUUCCUUUCUCAAGAUGCUAUUGGCCUUCAUCAGAAAGGUUACGGAUUAUUGUUGGGACAAGCAACUUUUUCAUGUACUAAGAUUUAUUGUCAUUGGGCUACCAUGUCGACUAAAGAAGAUAACUUUAUCGUCACGCCAUUUAAUAUGCUUCCUGCUGAGAAGUUUUGUCCAAGCGAAGUUGAGGAUCAGAAACAAGAAAUCCGCACGCUUAUUGUUGAAAAAACAAAUGAUCAAAUCGUAAAAAGUGAAAAAGCCUUGGAACUUAUCAAGAUACUUGGUUCUGAUCUCAUGAUUAAUACCUUCGCAUGUAACUUCAAG